CAGCAGAGGGCCACACCAACUCUGCUGAAAUGCUCCUCUCUCGCCAGCGAAGAAGACCACCACGACGACGACGACGCUGGCGUCAUCGCGCACAACGUGUAGCACUGGAGCAACAUGGCAUUGAAUGGAGAUGAAGAGGACUUUGAGUGGGAGCCCCCAACAGAGGCAGAAAUGAAGGUGAUCCAGGCUCGCAGGGAGCGACAAGACAAAAUCAGCAAGCUGAUGGGAGACUACCUGCUCAAAGGAUACAAGAUGCUGGGAGAGUGCUGUGAUGUGUGUGGGAAUAUUCUUCUCCAGGACAGACAGCAGAAAAACUACUGUGUUUCGUGUCAGGAGCUGGACUCUGAUAUUGACAAGGACAACCCUGCUCUAAAUGCACAGGCGGCAUUGUCCCAGGUGAGAGAGAGGCAGCUUGCAGCCCAGUCACCUGCACCGUCCCAGGCCCCCGAACUCAACGGAGGCCCCAGCAACAGUCAGGCAGGUGUGUCAGUUCCUCAGCCCAGACCGGAGCACUGUGAGGGAGCUGCUGCAGGAGGAAGAGCCCCCCUGCUUCCACCUGCUGUCCCUUCUCCCUCAGCUCCUGCCUCCACUACAGCCCUGGCACCAACUCGUCCCCCAGUUUGUCCACAGAGCACUGCCCUCCAACCGUUGUUGCAAGAAGCUGAGGAAGCUGUUCUAACCAAACUUCGCUGGGCCACCACCCAGCUACAAAGCUCAGCCUCCCUGGAGGCAAGUAUCCAGCUCUGCAGCCUCAUCACCAGCUGUGCCAAUUCACUGCGCAGUCUCAAGGAGCUUAGCCAGUAACCAUCACGGACUGGUUGAAACCAUGGAGUAAUGGGAACGCUGUUUCUACUUGCCUCUGUCUUGGAAUACUGACCCUGGUUCGCUGCUUUGCAGCAUCUUCCUUUGACUGAAUCCUUGCAAAGAGCUGAAUUCAAAAUUGUCAGAAAAUGCACUUGAAAUGGGAUUAAAGUAUCAAAAGUGCACAGGUCUAGUUAAAAAUACCGCUGUCAGAAAUAUCAUGUUACAUGCUUUCUUAAUAAGUUCAUUUGACUGUUUUUGUCAACUUGUAAUUUAUGAUUUAAUUAUAAAAAACUGAACAUUUGUCAAAGCACAUUAAUAGUUUGUAUUAAUUUUAAAAUAUCUGGCCAUUAAAAAUUUAAGUAAGGCUUAAUCUAUAUUCUACAGGAAAAUAAUGCUACCAUAUGUCCGUAGUUGGUUGGCUCUGGUUAAUUCAAAAUGGCCACCUUUCCCAGACAUGGGACAUUUUUUUUUUUUCUGAUUGGUUGUUCUUUAGUAUCCCUAAAAUGGUGUAGGUUUGCAAAUCCCCAAAUUCAAACGAAAGCUAGAAUCCCUGCGCACGCAUGCCUAUAUAAUAGUGUGUGCACACAAAAGAGUCUCUGUGCUGAUAUACAACGUACUACUAAGAUGUAAGUCAACAUUUAAAAUGUAUAACCUGUUGGUAUGUCGUUAAACACACCAGUCCUCUAAUCUGACCCUGCUGCUUCACACAGACGCAGGUACAUUUUUCUAUUUGCCGCUCAGUCUGACGCUCAGAUAGAUUUCUGUUGUCUCUGGCCUUCUGGUGGUAUAAAGCUUGUCAUUGUGUGCUGGCAGUACUAAGGUUUUUAUUGUGUAUAUAUAUAUUUGAUGCAUGAUGGUAGUGAUGGUCAGUUUUAUUCAGUGAUGUUCAGAUGAGGCAGGGCAACGUUCAGGAGUCAAACUCAUUGUUCCUCAGUCAUUAAAAACAUCUAGAGUUAAUAAACUGUGCACUGUACAUCAGUAGACAGCACUUCAUACUAGAAAAAGCAAGCUUCGGUGUUGUUCAAGGCGGUUAGUCUUCUAAUUAUGUACCUGAAUAAAGCUUUGCCUGUUCGGGA